GUGGAAGAAGAUACCUUUUCCGGAGUAGUUCAAUGGCGCCGAUUCCAUCUCAAAAAUUGCAUCUGUUCGACRAAGAGAAAUUUGAGAAAUCAUGUGUACUCGUACCGUGCUCCUUGAAAAUGAUUUUACAAUUGUACCGAAAGCAAUACAACCACUUUAUAACAGCGAAAACGAUUAUAACAGCGAAAAUGAGUCGAUUAGUAUUCGGAACCAUCGCUCUUGCAAUCAUCGAUCCACUGGCUUGUUCGGGUUUCUCUACCGGARGAAUUCGACCCAGAACGUCAGCGGACAAAGCUAUAAUAUCACAUUCGCACAGUCCUCGCAGCGCGUCACGACAGCUUUUGCAAAGUAGGAUACCGCAACMAUCGCAAUCGCGGCUGGGCGCAACCCUUAACAGCGAACAAGGCAACGAUAAACUGCUGCCGUCUUCCGUCUAUCGSACAAUAGAAGAGGGGAAAAUCGCUGUCGUSCCAAAUUUUCUGAACGAAGCCGAUAUAUUGCCGCUUCGACAAGAUGCCCAGCAACUGUGGCUCGACAACAGAUUUUCUACGGACGCGCUUGCGGGAUACGGCUCAAAAGGGAGUUUCGAUCCAACCAAGGAUCGGGCGGUUCUAAAACUGACCCAAUGGAAACGACCCGACUAYGGAAAUUUUGAAUUGCGUUCGAAGAAGUUUGGUAAUCUGAUGGCUUCCGUCCGACAAGAACUGGCCUCGAAUUUGAACCGCCCGGGACUGGCAGCCGCCGACAGCGCCGCCGUCAAUAAAUACGGCAUCGGAUCAACCGAGAUUUCCUACACUCGGUUCGGUCCCGGGGCCUUUCUCAAACGACACGUCGAUGAACACCACGAAGAAUUGAAGGGACGGGAUGGUUGGGCGCAACCCACGCGGCGGUCGAUAUCCUGGCUGAURUAUUUGAACGAGCCAGACUGGAAUUCCUCGAGAGACGGAGGACAGCUCCGUUGCUUCGAACGCACGCGUCGACCCCUGGGACGGAUCGGUGCGACGACGGGGGGCGAUCUCCAGAUCGGAUGGCUCUCAGCUUCUAUGCAGGGCGAAAUACCGGUGUAUCUGGAUGCAAAAAAUCACGACCAUGGCGAUUGUUCCAUGUAUUUCCUGGAACGCGACGGUAGACGCGCUUACAUCACAAAACCUUUCAAAACCAAUCCGAUUCUGUACGUUGCGGGAUCAGAACAGUUGGUCAAGAAAGUAUUGAUCCAAUCGCCCGAUAUCGCUUYGCGCUUCCGAUUGAUCGAACCCCCCAAGUCGAAAUUGAACGACRUUCUCCGAGGAGAYGAUGCCUAUCUAGGGCAAGGGGAGCCCUCUCGGAACAUCAUUGAAGAAGAAUUGGAAGACGUCGAUCCCCACGGCGGAACGCUCGUUAUGUUUGAUUCUGUGAGUUUGCCUCACGAAGUCUUGGCAACCCGCAAUGGAAGGGAGCGGUGGGCAUGCAGUGGUUGGUACCACGAAGACCAACAAGAAAUAGCCCUUUCCUAAAACGACAUAAGACAAUCYUAGCUUCGAAGAARUAUAGGCUGCGCAUCGCACCCCAGAGUAAAAAAUAAUACCACUC